AUGAGAAUGCCCCUACAUUUUCUCUCAGUAUUGCUAUGUGUCCUUACUAUUUUUUAUUUGAUACAAGCUCAAGAUCAAUCAGGAUUCAUAAGCAUAGAUUGUGGUCUACCUGAAAAUACUGGCUAUGCUGAGACAACCACAGGCAUAAACUACAUUUCAGAUGCAAAAUUCAUAGAUACAGGUGUAUCUAUCAGGAUACCCCCUAUAGGCAACACUGUCCUACAGCAACUAGAACAUGUGAGAAGCUUUCCUAGUGGAGUAAGAAACUGUUACAAAAUAGAUGUAACCAAUGGUACUAAAUACUUAAUCAAAGCUUCAUUCUACUAUGGAAACUAUGAUGAUCAAAAUGAUCCACCACAAUUUGAUCUUCAUUUUGGGCCUAAUAUGUGGGAUACAGUCAAGUUCACCAACUUAUCACGCAUCGCGGCCAGCGAGAUCAUUUACACUCCGUCACUAGAUUACAUACAACCAUGUCUUGUUAACACAGGCAAAGGAACUCCUUUCAUUUCGGUUAUAGAGUUGAGGACUUUGAACAAUGAAGCUUAUGUCACAUAUUCGACUAAAUCAGUGCUAGCGAACUUCUUUCGAUUUGAUUUAGGUUCCAUCACAAACUUAGAAUACAGGUACAAAGACGAUGAUUAUGACCGAGUCUGGUUUCCUUUUACAUGGGAUGAAAUGAAAAAACUAAGCACCAAUGAAGAUAUAUUAACUCAGAAUAUUUAUAAGCCACCAGGAAUUGUUAUGAGCACUGCUGUUACACCAUUUAAUGAAAGUGCUCCUAUACAAUUCAGUUGGGAUUCAGAUAAUCUAAAUGAUCAAUAUUACUCAUAUUUGCACUUCAAUGAGGUUGAAAAGCUGGCUGAAAAUGAAACUAGAGCAUUCAAUAUCACAGUGAAUGGAUUACUUAUGUAUGGACCUGAGAUACCUGCAUACAGAUCAGUAGAUACUAUAUUUAGCACAGUAACUUUGACUGGAGCCAGAAAGUAUAUAUUUUCACUUAAUAAGGCAGGAAAUUCAACUCUUCCACCUAUUAUCAAUGCCUUUGAGGUUUAUAAAUUAAUAGACUUCUCAAAAUCAGAAACUAACCAGGAUGAUGUUGAUACUAUCACAAGCAUCAAGAAGGCUUAUGGUGUGGCUAGAAAUUGGGAGGGAGAUCCUUGUGGUCCUGUGAAGUAUAUGUGGGAGGGCCUAAACUGUAGUAUUGGUGAUAGCAAUAACCCUCCAAGAGUCACAUCUUUGAAUUUGUCUUCAAGUGGAUUGACAGGGCAGAUAGUAUCUUCUAUAUCAAACCUCUCUAUGUUACAAUAUUUGGAUUUAUCAAACAAUAGCUUAAAUGGUCCUUUACCAGAUUUUCUGAUACAACUACGGUCGCUAAAAGUAUUAAAUGUGGGAAAGAACAAUCUUACAGGGUUAGUUCCAAGUGGACUACUUGAGAAAUCAGAAAGAGGUUCAUUAUUAUUAAGUGUGGAUGAUAAUUAUGAUCUUUGUACGAAGGAAUCAUGCAAAAAGAAGAAAUCGUUUAUAGCGCUUAUUGCAUCAUUGUCUGCAUUACUUGUAAUCCUCUUGCUUUUACUUGGAUUUUGGAUAUUCAAAAAGCGAAAAGUAUUUAUGUCUUCAAAUUCUAAAAAAGAAGGUUCAAAGAAAUCAAAACAUCAAAUAUUCAGUCAUGCUGAAAUUCUAAAUAUUACUGAAAACUUCAAAACUAUUAUUGGAGAAGGAGGAUUUGGAAAAGUUUACAUUGGCAUUCUACAAGACCAAACACAAGUCGCUGUUAAGAGACUUUCACCAUCAUCAAUGCAAGGUUAUAAGGAAUUUCAAUCUGAGGCACAACUUCUAGCGAUUGUUCAUCAUAAAAAUUUGGUCUCCCUCAUUGGAUAUUGUGAUGAAGGUGAAAUAAAAGCAUUAAUUUAUGAAUACAUGACCAAUGGAAAUCUACAACAACACUUGUUAGGUGGAAAUUCAAAUAUCUUAAAAUGGAAUGAGAGACUUAACAUUGCAGUAGAUGCGGCUUACGGAAUUGAUUAUAUGCAUAAUGGAAUUAAGCCCCCUAUUGUGCAUAGAGAUUUGAAGCCUUCCAACAUAUUAUUGGAUGAUAAAAUGCAUGCCAAGAUUGCAGAUUUUGGUCUAAGUAGAGUUUUUGGUAAUGAUAUUGAUUCACAUAUAUCCACACGUCCUGCUGGUACAUUUGGCUAUCUUGAUCCUGAAUGUCAGAGAACAGGAAACAUAAGUAAAAGAAAUGACGUCUACAGCUUUGGAAUAAUUCUAUUUGUGUUGAUCACUGGUCGUCAAGCAAUAGAAAGAGCAGGCGGAGAAAGCAUUCACAUACUUGAAUGGGUUAGUCCUAUAAUUGAAGGAGGAGAUAUUAAAAAUAUAGUUGAUCCAAGGUUGAAGGGAGAAUUCAAUAUCAAUUCAGCAUGGAAAGUUGUAGAGAUUGCUAUGUCAUGCAUUUUACAAGUUGCUGCAGAGAGGCCAGACAUAAGUCAAAUAUUGACAGGGCUAAAUGAAUGUCUAUCUUUGGAGAUGAUUCAGACAAAUAAUGGAAGAGAAAGAGAUAUAGUUGAAGUUCCUUCUCUAUGUAUGGAAUUAGAAUCUUAUCCUUCAGCUAGGUAA